AUAUUUAAAGGUUGAUAUAUUUUCAUUUUUCAGACGCACUUUUGGAAGAGAGCAGACCAGUCGUGAUAGUUGAUUUUUAUAAAUAGCAGAAGAAAAAGACAUCAACCAUGGCUGAUUUAUCUAACCGUGAUCCUAAUAAACUUAAUAGCCAUAUAGAGGUUAUGUUCGAGGAUGUCUUUGGAGAACCCGAUGGCGUUCGAUCAAUGGACUGUAUUUGGAAAAACAGUUACUCCUGUUUCGAAUGUGGCAAGAACCUUUGUUACAAGAUUAUGACCACUCUUUGCGGGUUGUGCAUUGCUCUGGAGUGGGGUUGCGAAUUUGCCAUGCUCACAUUUCAUCAUGUGUGGUGCUGGACACCAUGCUUGAGAGAUUUCUCCAUCACGAUGGGAUGUGCCAAGAAGUUCUUCCAGACAUGCCUGAGCUGCUGCGUCGCCCCAUGCUGUGAAGCAAUUGGUGCAUUCUUCAGUAAAGUUAAGAUCGAGAAAUCAUAACACUACAUCAUUUAAAUCGUUUAACCCUGAUACUAUGAUUCAAAGAAUGUGAUGAGAUGAUACCAGGACUUUCUUUUUGCUGAUGAUAUUGAAAUAAAAAUGAAUAUCA